UGUAAUGACCAUGGAAGAUUAAUUUCAUUUUUGAUUCUUGGAAAAAUCAAAGUAAUUAAAGAUAUAGAAAAUGGACGGUGGUGAUCGAGUUAUAAGACGACGAAAGAGUCUAACUGAACGGCUAGGAUUAAAAAGAAUUGGAUGUUGCGGGUCCACUUGGGGUAUUAUGCCAGCAACAACGUUUAAUGUCGUUGACGAUGAAGACGAAAACGACGACGUAGAAGUGAUGAGUCAUCAUAUCCACACACCGCUAGAAACACCGUCAGUUAUGACAACGUGUCUGGCGGUGGCCGGAGGAGAAAGUUCCGGGAUGAACUUAGCGGCCGCAUUGGCCGCCGAACGCCACUUCAGAGCGGAUUAUGACAAUAAUAAUGAAGUCAACAUCCAUCCGGGCUCAAGGCCCGGCCCACUGAGACCCUAUGAAAGUGGCCCGAGGAAUGUACCAACUUAUGACAACAAUGAAGUCAACAUUAGGCCCGGCCCGAACUCGGAUUCGGGAUUUAAUAGGCCCGAUGAAGGUGUCUCGGGAAAUGUUCCCGGGACGCCAACAAGAAUGUCGUUGAUGAGGUUGUUAGAGGAAACAGAAGUGUAUGAAGGAGAAUUAUUGAUGGAGAAAGAAGAAGAGGGGGAUGGUGAGGUGGGGGUGGGGAGUGAUAGUGUGUGUUGUGUGUGUAUGAGAAGAAAAAAAGGAGCAGCAUUUAUACCAUGUGGUCACACAUUUUGCAGGGUGUGUUCAAGAGAGCUUUGGGUAAAUCGAGGUUAUUGUCCACUUUGUAAUAGAUCCAUUCUUGAAAUUCUCGACAUUUACUAGGAAAAAAAAAAGAAUCCAA